AGGGCAGUUGCAACAAAGAGGAAAUUUUUAGGGACAUCUACUUCUUAGAAGUUAAACUACUUUUCUGAGUGAUAAAGUGUACUCUGAAGGUGUUUUGGACUCUUUCGUUGCUAUUGUAAAGUCCAAUGUCAUCCACUCUACGAACCCUGAUGGCAGGAAACCAGAUAACAUCCUUUAUUUUCAUCAGCUCUGUGUUAGUACAUACUCACUCAGCUGAUAAUAUCUACUCUGCUGUGAUGCCCCAGACAGUAACAGCUCUAACAGGCUCUUGUGUGCAGAUUCCUUGCACGUUCAACAUCUCCAAUUUUGAGGACAAACGUAAGAAUGCAACAUCAAUUUAUGGGAUCUGGUUAAAAAACAAAUCGCAGUUUGCAGACAAAGAUGGUUUAAUAGCGUUUAACAGCAGUAAAAACAUCAUUAGAGGAUUCAGUGACAUACAGAUGACUGGAUAUCUCACUGAGAGGAACUGCACAACUCUCUUCUAUAACAUCAUGAUGAAUCAUUCAGACAGCUAUUACUUCAGACUGGAAAUGGAGCCAGAUGUGUUCAAAGCAACAUUUAACCCCAGUCAAGAUGUUUCAAGCAAGACUGUGAGGAUCAAUGUCAGAGAUUCACCACAACCUCCUGAACUUAAACCCAAUUAUCUGACAGUGAAGGAGGGAACUACAGUCAAUCUGAGCUGCUCUGCUGAAGCCCCCUGCCCCAAACAACCUCCUACAAUAUCCUGGUCUAACAUCCCUGAAUCUGCCCACAUUACAACACAGUUACAGGAGAAACCUGAUAAAACCCAGUCAGUGUUUUCAUACAUGACCUUCAAAGCUUCAUACAAAGAUCACAGAAAGAGCAUCACCUGCACUGCUACGUAUCCAAGAAAUACAUCUGAUGCCUCAACUGUGGAGAGCACUAUGAUGCUACAAGUCCUGUUUCCUCCAAAAGAAACUCGCGUCAUCAUUACUUCUGUUGGCACUAAUGUGACUUUGACCUGCGAAAGCCACGCCAGUCCAUCAAAUGACUUGAACUAUACCUGGUAUAAACAUGGAGAGGAGAGGCCUAUAGCUUGGGGAACGAAGAUUAAUUUAACCGAAACUCCGAUUCAAACAGGAUCAUACUUUUGCAUUGCACAAAAUAAACAUGGAAAACAGUCAUCAGAAGAGGCCCAGCGCACAGAUGAAGAACAGAGUGGACUCUCUCAUCUGGUGAUAUAUGGCUGUACAGGAGGACUUUUGACUUUUGUUCUGUUGUCUGCAGUAUUUUUCUACUGUAUGAGAACAAAGGCUUCAAGACAGGCCCGUGUCAGUGAUCAGGCUGAGGAUAAAAACAGAGACACGAUGGCUAUCUAUGCUAACAAUGCCACUGUGAUCAGCAAGAAUGGCGAGAAGAAAGAAACUGAUGAUCUCCACUAUGGUGAAAUUGACUUCUCCAAACUCCAGACGGGCCACAAGACAAAGGAACACUCAAACAAUGGCCCAGAGACAGAGUAUGCUGAGCUUCAAGUGAUAGAGAGAAAGAGACAAAUCAACGGUGCUCAGCAAAUGGACAAACUUUAUGCUCAAGUUCAGAAAAAGUGAUUUUUGCUCAUGUUAAAUCUUGCUCUUGUGCAGGGGCCAUGGACAGUCACCAGUUUUCACAAAUCCCAAUAUAACAUCUCUUUCGACUGGUGUAACAUUGUCUAUACUGUAAAUAAUGAAAUAAUAUUCUAUACU